CACCCAGGGCUCCCGCCUCCAACUUUUUCACCCCCGACAGUAUCCAUGUGAUCAGAGCCAGCAGCAACUUUUCUUCCUGUCUAGCUCCAGUGGGCUUGCGGGGGUGCAUCUACACCAGAAGCUCGAGCCUGGAGGCUGGCAUCAGUGAUGUGAGGAAGGAUUCCACAUGGCCAAUGAAGAGAGACCUUGCCCUUGCAACAUUGGAGACAGAUUUGACUAUGGAGGCCUUGGGCAGGAAGUGCAAGUUGAGCACAUCAGGGCAUACAUUUGCAAGCCAUCCUCCAGCACAGACAAGGCUGUAAUUGUGAUUCAGGACAUUUUUGGAUGGCAACUGCCAAACACCAGAUACAUAGCGGACAUGCUGGCAGCCAAUGGAUACGUAGCUAUCUGCCCAGACUUCUUUGUGGGACAAGAGCCUUGGAAACCUUCAGAUGAUUGGUCCAUUUUUAAUGACUGGCUGAAAACUCGAGAUGCCAGCAGAGUAGACAGGGAAGCUGAUGCUGUCCUGAAGUAUCUAAAGCAGCAAUGUGGUGCAAAGAAGGUUGGUGUUAUUGGAUUUUGCUGGAGAGGAAUGGCUGUUCAUCACUUGAUGCUGAAAAAUCCUGAAUUAAAGACUGGGGUAUCAGUCCAUGGAGUAAUUAAAUACUUUGAAGAUCGGUACAGUUUGCUCCAUCCCACUUUCUUCAUUUUUGGUGAAAGUGAUGAAUACAUCCCAAUUGAGCAAGUUACCAUAAUGGAGCAGAAGUUGAAGCAGCACUGUAAAGUUGAUUACAACGUUAAAAUUUACCCUGGACAAACUCAUGGCUUUGUACAUCGCAAGAGAGAAGACAUGAACCCCAAAGAUAAACCUUUCAUUGAGGAAGCAAGAAAAGACAUCAUCAACUGGCUGAAUAAAUACAUUUGACAGAAGUAGGAAAAGAACAAAUCUGUAAAAUAAAAAUCAAGUGUUUUAUUACUGAGA